AUGGAGCAAACCAGUGAACCCAACGCCGCUGCUAUCUACGAUGCGCGGAGACGCCGCGGCUCCGUCGGUACUACCCAGCUCUUCGAGAACAUUGUGUCUACAUCCAACUUCAACAGAGAUGAGGUGGACCGUCUGCGCAAACGCUUCAUGAAGCUUGAUAAGGAUGCCUCCGGUACUAUUGAUCGCGAUGAAUUCCUUUCCCUCCCUCAAGUGUCUUCCAACCCGCUCGCCACGAGAAUGAUCGCCAUCUUCGACGAAGACGGUGGCGGCGAUGUCGAUUUCCAGGAAUUCGUGACCGGUCUGUCAGCAUUUAGUUCCAAGGGUAACAAAGAAGAGAAGCUGCGCUUCGCGUUCAAAGUUUACGACAUCGACCGCGACGGCUAUAUUUCCAACGGCGAGCUUUUCAUCGUGCUGAAGAUGAUGGUUGGCAACAACUUGAAGGACGUGCAGCUGCAACAGAUCGUUGACAAGACCAUCAUGGAGGCCGAUAAGGAUCAGGAUGGAAAGAUCAGCUUCGAGGAGUUUACGGAUAUGGUGGAGAAUACGGAUAUCAGCCUGAGCAUGACGCUGAAUCAAAUAUGA